AUGCAACAAUAUCCUCAGCAAUCUAGUCGACGUCAAAUGCGAAAAGAAAUGGAAGCUAAUGCUGCCGGUAAUUCUGUUCUUCCUAUAGAGAGAGAUCCAGAUUCCUCCACACAGCAGUACGACGUCAAUUCAAUUUUUGCUCCUUCUUACAACACUUAUGGGCCUCCCCCUAACAAUUCUUCCAUCACUGCUUUUUCCAAUCAGGAGCUAUUAACUUUUCCAAAUGUACAAAAGUUACCAGAGGGAUCAGUGCGUGAGCCAAUUUCUAAAGAAAUUUCAAAUCAAGAAGCUUCAGCUGUUGGAUUUAGCAGGGAUGUCAAUUCAAGCCUUGACAAACCCUCAGAUUCAUCCAAGUACUUCCCAUUGUUUCCAGAAACAAGUCGUACAGAAGAAUUUGGACCAAGGGUAUCGGUUUCUAGUUCAACUGCUCCAGUAAAGGAAACCUCUUUUGAACAAUCCUUCAACUCUCCCGCGCCGAAAGGCAAAAAGCAAAGACUGGUUCCUGAACAGUUGAACUACCUUUUACGUCAGUUUGCAAAGGAUGCAAAUCCCUCCCCUUCAGUCCGAGAAGAUAUUGCUAGAGAACUUAACCUCCCUGAGCGAAGUGUCACUAUUUGGUUUCAGAACCGACGCGCGAAAGCAAAAUUAAUCUCCAGACGCCAAGAAGAAGAGCGUCAGAAAUUUUUGACUGAACAACUGGAACUGGAUAAUCUAAACCAACAAGUGUCCCAGGCUUUUGCGCGUGAAAUAGAGUCCAAUUCCGAAAACAACCCCAAACCCGGCUUCAAUUCAAGAUACGGUCAGCCCUUACCAUAUAUGAAUACAUUACUCCCAAAGCCAAGUAAAAGGUAUAGGAAUACGUAUUCUUCACAUCAAUCCCCACUAAAACCUACCCCUUCUUCAUUAGAGAAUCCUGCGUUGGAACAACCCAUGGUAAAUCCGUCAUAUAAGCAUGUCUUCCCGGGAAGUACUAAUCCUCGUUUUCAACAAAGAUAUUCAAUCUCCCAUACUCCAAACAGUAAUUUACCAAUUCGUUCUGCAGCUGCUCCAAACAAUUUCUCGAAAUAUCCUUCUUCUGGUACUUUCCCUUCUUUAUCAGCAGUUUCAGCAAGCCUUCCCUCGGCUUACGGUAGUGGUAAUUUUGAACAGAGCUUUCCACAGGAGAGUCAAUAUUACGACUCGAAAAUGGCCAACAAUAUAUCCCCUAUGCCAGCAGCAAGAAGAUAUUCUUCCACUCGCUUAAUUCCUUCUCUACAAGUUCAAGACAACUCAGGUUCUACUAAAAGUAGUUCUUCUGAAUUCUACUAUUUUGCCUGCGCUCUUCUGAUCAUUGGUCUAUGGAAACGAUUGCGGUUAACACCUCAGGACUUGAUGUGUUUUUACUCGCCUCCAAAGAGAUUGUUUGCAUACCUGAUACAGUACGAAGGAAUUCAAUAUCGUAUAGAGUACUCCUUUUUUGUAGUUGAAUCCAUACACGUAACCCGUGUCGAUGAUCCUUUAUUAAGUGAUCUGAAUGUUGCGGCCCCACCUCGAGAAAGACCCGGUCCUAACGAAUCUUGGCUUCAAGUCGAUAUCCAACUGACAAUCCCUCCUGUGUUUCACAUGAUAACUUCUGAGGGACAAGAAAAUUGUACAGACUUUACCGAAGGAAACCAAGCCUCAGAAGUAUUGGGUCAUUCUUUAAUUGGACCUGCUAGCAGUAUAUUUCUGAUGCUCAAUCGUAUCCGGGAAGCUUCACCAGAAUUAGGAUCUGUCAUUAAGUUGCAAAAAAGCAUACAUCCGCCCUCAAGUUAUCAAGAAGAAGAGUUUGUAACAGUAAAGGAUGAGGCGAAUGUAAUUCCAAAGGAAAAGGAAAACGAAGAAAAUCCGAUUUCCGAACAAGAAAAGCAGGAAUUGCAUUUUUUGAGAUCACCGGAAGCAGCAAAUUUUGAGAGAAACCAAAAAAACAUGCUUUUUAAGGAAUCACCUCUUGCAUCCGAGAACGCAGAAACAGCGAUCGAGUAUUCCAAACCUUAUGAAGCAAGUAAUACGAAUGUAUCAUUUCCAUUAUCGGCACCGCCUGAACUACGUUCAUUCCCCAGAGGAAGCUUUUCUCAGUUGAAUCCCUUUAUGUACAUGAACCCCGAUACAACGAAUGAAACAGGAGGGAAGAACGAAGUAAACUCUAGUGAUGCUUUCCAUUUUCCUGAAGACCAACUUAUGAUGCAGCCCAGGUCGUCAGUGGAUACGUUGCCUGCUGGUACAGGCGUGGAAAACACGGAUUAUAAAAUGAAACCAGGUGUGGGAGAAAAAAAACAUAUAUCAAAACCUUUUUCAAAAUAUCCCUUCAAAGAUCAGAACAUACAAUCAGAGUACACCGGAAGAGUACCACAACUGCAUUUGCAGACACCGAGGAUACCUAGUGCUUCUGCAAUAUCUGAGAGAAUUGGAAUUAAAGAUGAAGGAGAGCAAAACACGGUAUUGUAUCCACAGGCGAUUCCUUCUGAUUCUAUUAAAAAAAGAGGAAGCAACAUCUAG